AAAUCAUGGGAGCAGAGAGUGCAAAUAUUCCCUUGAGAAAAGAUAGACCCCGAACAGAAAUAACUGAUAUGAAAGAAAAGUGUGUAUCACUAGUGACUGCCACUCAUAAGAAUACAUGUGACAAAGAAGAAAACUAUAAGAUGUGUUAUGAACUGCCUCCUGGUAAAAAGUAUCAUCUCUAUAUAGCUCAUUCGGCCGUAGACGAAACAAAGGUCAUACAAAUAUCCAACGACCUUGAGAAUAGAUUUAAUUUACGAUGCAUGGUACCAGUUCUUGAUUUUAUACCUGGAAAAUCGAUCAGAGAGAAUAUACAUGGCGAGAUGGAAAAAAGCGUCAAUGUUCUGCUUUUUCUUAGCCCUGAAUUUAUAAGUAGUUACUUUGGUGAUAUGGAAGCCCGGCUGGCGGUUCAAAUGGCCUAUGACCAGAAUUUUAAUUUAAGAAUAAUUCCUGUAAUUUUACGGGAUUUAAAUGGAGACAGCGAUUUACCACCGUUCUUAAAACCGUUCGCUUGCAUUGAUGCUGAGGAGGAAGACGACUGCCCUGCUAAAAUAGCCGAAGCAUUCUACUAUACAGCCUGAAUUUAAACAAAAAUUUUAUCACAUGUUAUACUAUGAAUGGAAUGAACAGCUACCUGGUAAAAGGACCAAACCCCAAUUGGAAUGAUCAUGUAAUGUGGAACAUCGUGUGUGUAUGAAAAGGAAUUAACAAAAAGCUAUUUAUAGUGAAAGUGAAAGACUUUGAAUAACAAAGUUACUUAUUAUAUAUCUGUCCUUAUGUGUUUGAUUUGGAAAUAUUGUUUUAAUGUGUAGAUUUAUUGUUUUGGAAUAUUAGAAAAUUUGCAAUAUUGUAAUAUACAUAAAAUACAAUUUCUCUUAUGCAUUAUUACGUCUAUCAAUCACGAUCAGAGCUGUUGGGAAGCAAUUGCAUUUCACAGUCAAAGUGUUUAUAAUCCAACAACAUUUUUUUAGGACCAGGGUAUAUUGUAUUGGACUUUUAGACACGUUUUUUGAUGUAAAACGUUACACUUAUGAUUUUAAAC